AUGCCGUGUUCGUCGCUGAUCACCUCCCAAAACUACCGGGGUGGAGAGACCCUCAAGAACCGCUGGCUGCAGCAGUGUGGCCGCGAGUCGGCUAACCCGGGGAUCCUCGUGCUCCUGGCCUGUGGCACCAUCUCCAGCACCUGCGGCCAGAUCGCCAGCUACCCCCUGGCUCUGACCGGUCUCUUAACCUUCAUUAAUUGUGCCUACGUCAAGUGGGGGACUCUGGUACAGGAUAUUUUCACCUAUGCCAAAGUAUUGGUGCUGAUCGUGGUCAUCGCUGCUGGCAUUGUUAGGCUUGGCCAGGGAGCCUCCGCCGACUUGGAGAAUUCCUUCGAGGGCUCAUUGUAUGUAGUGGGUGACAUUGCCCUGGCCCUGUACUCAGCAGUCUUCUCCUACUCAGGCCGGAACACCCUCAACUGUGUCACCGAAGAAAUCAAGAAUCCUAAGAGGAAUCCUGAGAGGAAUGUGCCCCUCUCCACUGGCAUUUCCAUGCCUCUUGUGACCAUCAUCUACAUCUUGACCAAUGUGGCCUACGACACUCUGCUGGAGGACAUCUUGGCCGGUGAUGCUGUUGCUGUGACAUUUGCAGGCCAGAUUUUUGGAGUAUUCACCUGGAUAAUUCCACUGGCAGCUGCAUUAUCGUGCUUUGGUGGCCUCAUUGCCUUCACCCUGGCAGCUUCUAGGCUUUUCUGUGGCUCAAGGGAGGGGCACCUCCCUCAUGCUACCUGCAUGAUUCACGAGGAGCGGCUCCCACCUGUGCCUUCCUUGCUCUUCAGUGGUAUCAUGGCGCUGAUCUACUCGUGUGUAGAAGACGUCUUCCAGCUUAGUAACUACUACAGUUUCAGCUACUGGUUCUUUGUGGGGCUUUCUAUUGCUGACCUUAGCCGGAGUCCUCAGCUGGGCCUGAUCUCCUUCAGCGCUGAGUGUGGACACAGCCUCCAGCUGCGGGAGGAAGAGACAGAGGGGUCUGGGAGUGACCGUUCCGGGGCAGGGCUGCUCAAUGAGCCUUCAGAGAGCGGCAACAAAAAUCCAACUCCCGGGCACACACAGGCUCUGUGUGAGCUGCGCCUGGCACCGCCGGCACCCGGGACGGGGUGA